AGUUAACCCAGUGUUGGUCAACAAUAAUAUUCAUCACAAUACGAGUCUUCAGAUUUGUUGUUGGUCAAUGUAAUUUUGCAAACAUUUUCCGAAAACUCAAGAACUCGCUCCGCCAGCGCAAGAAGAAGCAUCGCCCACCGCCUCCGGCUACGCCUACUUCCGACGACGCACCAUAUCCAAAUAAUGCGAUAAAGCCAGAAAACUCCAACAACAAUCUCUGCGCCAAGACAAGGCCCACUUCCGUGUCUAUUCCUCGGAGCACCCUCUUGGGACGGACCGCCGAAGCCAUGGAGAGCAACCUGAAUCGGAUCAUAAGCCAGUCGCCAAAGCUGAAGCUCAGCGGGCAGCUUAGCAAAUACACAAAUGUGAUGAAAGGCUGGCAAUAUCGUUGGUUUUCUGUGGACGCCAAGACGGGCUCGCUGAGCUACUACCUCUGUGACUCAUCUACGGUUGGCGACGACAUUGCUCCCUCGCCACACGUCCUGGCCAGUGCGCCGCGAGGCCAGGUGCAGUUGGCCGGCGCCGUGGUCUAUCCCAGUGACGAGGACUCGAGGACCUUUGCCAUCGCCUGCGCCUCCGGCGACACUGUAAAAUUGAGAGCCAACGAUGCGCGGGCCAGACAGGAGUGGGUGGAUGGACUCCGAGCGGUGGUGGAGAGCCACAUGAAAGCCAUGGACAUAAGCAACACAUCCCCUCUGCCGCCGCGCGAGCUGCUGGCCGCCUCGGACGCGAUGGUGUCCGCUCGCCAGGCCCUGUUUCUCACAGAGCAAUGUAACGCUUCUCUGGCCAGGGCCAUCGAGAGUAUCGACUGUGCUUCCUUCUCGCCCACUGAUCCCGAUCUGCUCCUGCUCAAAGCCAUUUCUACGGCCAGCACCCAGUGCCUGCAUCAGUGCCUGGGCCUCCUCCAGCGCCAUCAGGAGAUCAAUCAGCCCCCGGCCGAGGCGACCCCCAUCCUGCUCUGAGAGUCAGGAGAUAGCCCAGAGAGAGAGAGAGAGAACCCCAAAGAUUAUGUCCAGUAUCCAACAUGAAAUGAAAGAUUAAAUGAUACUGCAUUCCAGUAGAACUGUGGAAUGAUGGUUGUUAAAAAAAUGAAA